AUGUCACCUUUCAACCUCGAGACAUGCGCUCGGCCAAACAUACUGACUCUCGAGCCGUAUCGCUGUGCUAGAGACGACUACAAGGACAACGGCACCAAUGUCCUGCUCGACGCCAAUGAGAACGCCUACGGGCCAUCUCUGCCAGCCAGCAUGCCCUCCUCGUCGUCGGGCCCCCAGAUUGACCUGCUGGGCCUUCACCGGUAUCCAGACCCGCACCAGCACGACCUGAAGCAGCUCCUGUGCAACCUGCGCAACACCCACCACCACACCCCCAAGGCCAUCACGCCAGACAACCUCUUUGUCGGCGUGGGCAGCGACGAGGCCAUCGACGCCCUCCUCCGCUGCUUCUGCGUCCCCGGCAAGGACCGCAUCCUCACCUGCCCGCCCACGUACGGCAUGUACGCCGUCUCGGCGCAGGUCAACGACAUCAGCAUUCACAAGGUCCCCUUGCUCCCCGCGCCCACCUUCGCGCUCGACACGGACGCGGUACUCGCCGCCCUGUCCAACGAGAAGGACAUCAAGCUCGUCUACCUCUGCUCCCCCGGCAACCCGACGGGAAGCCUGCUGGCCAAGGAGGACGUGCGCAGGGUGCUCGAGCACCCGACGUGGAACGGCAUCGUGGUCCUCGACGAGGCGUACAUCGACUUCUCGCCCGACGGCGCCUCCCUGGCCGAAUGGGUCGCCGAGUGGCCCAACCUCGUCGUCAUGCAGACCCUCUCCAAGGCCUUUGGGCUCGCGGGCAUCCGCCUCGGCGCGGCCUUCACCUCGCCCCCGAUCGCCCGCCUGCUCAACAGCCUCAAGGCCCCGUACAACAUCUCGAGCCCGACGAGCGCGCUCGCCUCGUAUGCCGUCUCCGAGCAGGGGCUCGCCACGAUGCGCGCCAACCUCGCCAAGAUCGUGGCCCAGCGCGACAGGCUGAUUGCGGAGCUGCCCAAGAUCCCCGGCGUAGGGAAGCUGAUGGGCGGCACGGAGAGCAACUUCUUGCUGUACGAGAUCCUGGACGCGCAGGGCCAGCCGGACAACGUGACCGCCCUCAAGGUGUACGAGACGCUGGCCGAGGACAAGGGCGUCGUGGUGCGGUUCAGGGGCAAGGAGCACGGCUGCCUGGGCUGCCUGCGGAUCACGGUCGGCACGGAGGAAGAGGUCACCAGAUUUCUCGAAUCGCUGCGGAGGACGCUGGCCGAGGUGAAUGGGCAGGGUGGUGCCGCUGCUGCUGCUGCCAAGGACGAGGAGAAGAAGGAGAUCGCGGCCAGCAGCGUCGUGGCAUAG